AUGGUAAACAAAUUAUUAUUUAAGCAAAUGGAUGUUUUUACAUCGAAACCAUUCAAAGGGAAUCCAGUUGCUGUUGUGAACUGCAUGGAUAUCUCUGAAGAUGAAAUCUCGAGUGAAACAAUGCUAUCAAUUGCCAAUUGGACUAAUCUUUCAGAAACUACAUUUCUAUUUAAACCUACUGAUCCAACUAAAAGUAAUUAUAAAUUAAGAAUUUUCACUCCUGCGAAUGAGCUUCCAUUUGCUGGACAUCCAACAAUUGGUUCUUGCAAAGCUUAUUUACAAUUCACUGAUCAAAUUCAGACAUUAAAAUACAUAAGACAAGAGUGUGAGGUCGGUAUUAUUGAUCUCGUAAGUGAUGUUGAUACUGGGAUUAUUUCUUUAAAGGCUGAGAAAACUGAUCUUGAUAAAUUAGAAGCAGACGUUGUGAAAUUAUAUCAAGAAAGUCUUACUAAUAAUGGAAAACCAAUUAAGCCAAUUGAUUCGCCAUAUGUAUUACAUGUCGGUCCAGAAUGGGUAGUUUUCCUUGUUGAAGACAGUGAAACAUGCUAUAAUGCAAACCCUGAUUUUGGUAAAAUGGCUGAGAUUUCAUUAAAAUACGGUCAUUCAGGUAUUAUUCUUGCCGGUAAAAAGAGUAAAUUCGAUGAAAACAGUUCUGUGUUAGAAAUGGAAAUGAGAGCCUUUGUUCCGGCUUAUAAUGUGAAUGAGGAUCCUGUCUGCGGUAGUGGCUCAAUAGCAUUGAUCAGGUAUUUGCAACAAAAGUAUAACUUUUCAAAGACUACUAGAAUUAAUAUUUCACAAGGAGGUAGAAUGACAAGGGAAGGUCAUAUAUAUGCUGAGAUCAAAGUUACUUCUGAUGGUAUUUCAUACCACUGUGGUGGUGAUGCAUUGUGUGUCGUUGACGGUGUCAUAAAUGUAUAG